UGAGGAAGAUGAAAAAGUUGUGGAAAUGGAUGGUGGUGACGGUUGCACAACUAUGUGAUUGUGUGAAAAGCUACAGAACUGUACAUGUAAAAAUUAUUGAAACGUGUACGGAGUGGGUGUGCGACUAGCCUGAUGAGACAACCAGGAUGCUGCAAAGCGGGUCCGGCAGCGCCAGGGUUGUGUUUGAGUCCUCUCCUGACUCGAGGCGAGAGGAUCUCCACUGAGGGACACUGACGGGGAAAACAGUACUGGAGCAAACACCUGAAGGCAGCAGUGGAAAACGUAGGCGAAAUCAUCAGGCACGAUGUCCCAAAUGAACUGUGAGUCGAAAAAGGAAAGUAAGGAAGACCGUGCGCAGUCUGCUACGUUUGUUAAACAAGAAGAAAGGGAGUGUAGUAAACUAUGUAAUAUUUGUAUAAAAUAAUUCAGAAUUGCAAAGUCGAUCGCUUAGGAUGGGGUGGAGACUGGAGCAUAGACAAUGGGUAUAUUCUUCGCUGUGAACCACUCUGAGUAUCUGAAUUUUGAACCACGUUUAAAUCAGUUCAAUCCAAGAAAAGUUUACCGAUCGCUUACUAUGCAACAAGAGCUGCUCUAGAAAUCUGGGGGUCCAGCCACGAGCAAAACUGACACAGUCAUCCCCUCUAACAGCUCAAAUUCCGGAGGAGGUAGAGUGUUAGAAAAUAGAGCCAGGUUGAAGGACACAGUGUGGUAAGAGGUGAUUUUAAACAGUUGUCCGGAGGCUUGGCUGAGAGGAUGGCAUUUGAAACAAGACUUGAAGGAUGGGAAGUAAGCCAUGCAAGUAUGGGAAAAGAGAGGUCCAAGUAAAGGUAAAAGCCAGUUCAAAGGCCCUGAAAUAGGAUCUUACUGGCAUGUUGCAGGAAGAGCAAGGAGGUCCCUGUGGCAAGAGAGGAGUCAACAGGGAAGUGACAGGACAUGCUGGUAGAGAGGCUGGGUGCAGGGGAUGGGGUCAAAGAAUGGGUAGGGCCUUUGGAGGAGUAUAAAGACUUCAACUUUAACUUGGAGAAGUGGGAGCCAAUGGAGGGUGUGAGCAGAGGAGAACUUAUAACUGAUCUGACUUAACAUUUCAACAGGACUGUUCUCACAGCUGGGUGGAGAAAACCGGGUAGGGCAGUGUGACAGAAGGGGAGAGAACUGUUGUGAUCAUGAGAUCACUGGGGGUGGUGCAGUGGAGGGCGUGAGAGAGUGAGGACACACAGGGGAAUGAGGGUGGAGCAUGUACAAUGUUUUCCUCUUGGAAGUCACAGAGGACUCCCCAGUUUGGCCUGAGCACCUGGAGGGAUGGAGUUGCUGUUAAAUGGGGGUGGGGUGGGGUAGGCUCUGGAAGGAACAGGUGGAAGGGUAGAUUAGAAGUACAGUUGUGGAUAUGGUGAGUGUGUGAUAUCCCUUAGAACCCGGGAGUUGGAUGUGGGAGCCCGGCAUAGUAGGGGAUACUGGAUGGGGAUGUGUACUGUGGCAUCAGGAAGAAGAAAGUGGAAGAGAUCAGGAGUGAGUAUAGACAGAGGUCCAAGAACCGAGCAAGUGCAGGAAGAGGAGGAAACCACAGGGGAAGGAAAAAAAAGGUAGGAGAGCCAGGGACUACAGUAUUCUGGAACUCGCCAGGAAAGAGUGUCAGCAAGGAGGAAGCAUCAGAGGAAAGGGCAGGUGAAGUGAGGCUUUGCCUUUGGGUUAGAAUCGCUGAGGUCACUGGUGACCUUGACAAGAGUGGUUUCUGAGGAGGGUGGUGUCUAACGCCUGCCCUGAGUGGCCUCUGGGAAUGAGAAAUGGUGGUGGAAGCGAAUAUUCCUGGCAGUUCUGGAGGGACAGGAGAGGGUUGGGUUAUUUUGGUGGACAUUAGAGUGGGAAAAUUUACUGUAAAUGUAUUAUUUGUUCAAAGCCAAAAAUUAAAGAAAGAAUAAGGGGGAGAACGACGGUGGGAAAAGUAGCCACAGAAGUGAAUACAAGCCACGCUUGGGGGUGGGGGCAAGAGCCAUGUUCCAGACACCAAAUUUAGCUCAGCCCCAGGCCGGGACAAACCUGCACUCCGGGAACCUGAUACUGUGGCCCGGACGCUAGGCCCUUGGCCUGGCCGUGCGAGGUCGGACUCGGGCGGCAAUCCGGAGUGACGCCCAGCUGGGCGUGUGCGCCCACCUGCCCAGGCCCGUUUCCCACGGCUGACUGGGUCAGGCUGGGGUGUCCUAGAGAGGCUCGCGGAGGGGCUGGGCGAGGUGGGGGGAGGGGGCGACGGAGAGAAGGCGCCAGGGGACCGAGGAGGCCGCAGACCAACCAACCCAAGCCAGUGUCUGAGCGGCCCGGAGCGGGGGCACAUGGCGCUGGCCCGCACUCGGAUCCGACCGAGAAGUGACGUCUGGCCCGCCCACAACGCGCGCUCACUCCUGUCUCCUUCCCGGCCCGGCAAGCUCUCAGCUCCAGUCUCCGCCAGCUCGGCUUCAGCCCCGCCCUUCCUCUCCCAGUGGGUGCUCGGAGGCCGUAUCGGGCCUCCCCACUCGGAGCCGCGUACCGUCGGGCCCCUCGACUUCCCCAGCACCGCCCGGCUUAGGUGCGCCGAGGGAGUGCAUGGCGGCGGUGGGCCCGCGGACUGACCCCGGCGCCGGGGCAGAAGCGCUGGCGCUGGCUGCCGAGCUGCAGGGCGAGACCACAUGCUCUAUAUGCCUGGAGCUCUUCCGCGAGCCAGUGUCCGUCGAGUGCGGUCACAGUUUCUGCCGUUCCUGUAUCGCGCGCUGCUGGGAGCGCCCCGGCGUGUCCCGCGCGCUGCCUUGUCCGCUGCCCUGCCCACAGUGCCGAGAGCCCGUGCGUCCUGGCCAGCUGCGGCCCAACCGGCAGCUGGCCUCGGUGGCCACGCUGCUGCGGCGCUUCAGUCUGCCUGCGGCCGCGCCAGGAGAGCGCCGGCCGGCGGGGGCGGCGGUGGCGGGGUGCGUCCAGCAUGGCGAACCGCUCAAGCUGUACUGCCAGGACGACGGACGCGCUAUUUGCGUGGUGUGCGACCGCGCCCGCGAGCACCGCGAGCACGCAGUGUUGCCGCUGGACGAGGCUGUGCAGGAAGCUAAGGAGCUGCUGGAGUCCAGGCUGAAGGUCUUGAAGAAGGAUCUGGAGGACUAUGAGGUGUUUCGGUCCACUGAAGAGAAGGAGAGCAAAGAGCUGCUGAAGCAGAUGGCAGCAGAGCGAGAGAAGGUGGGUGCAGAGUUCCAAGCACUGCGGGCCUUCCUGGUGGAGCAGGAGGGCCGGCUCUUGGGCCGCCUGGAGGAGCUGUCCCGGGAGGUGACACAGAAGCAGAAUGAGAACAUAGCUCAGCUUGGGGGUGAGAUCACCCAACUCUUCAAGCUCAGCAGCCAGAUCCAGGAGACAUCUCAAAAGCCUGACCUUGACUUUCUCCAGGAAUUCAAAAACACACUAAGCAGAUGCAGCAAUGUGCCUGGUCCCAAGCCAACCACAGUCUCUUCUGAGAUGAAGAAUAAAGUCUGGAAUGUUUCCCUCAAGACCUUUGUCUUAAAGGGGCUGCUCAAGAAGUUCAAAGAGGAUCUUCGGGGAGAGCUGGAGAAGGAGGAGAAAGUGGAGCUGACCUUGGACCCGGACACUGCGAACCCCCGCCUCAUCCUUUCUCUGGAUCUGAAGAGCGUGCGCCUGGGACAGCGGGCCCAGGACCUGCCGUGCCACCCACGCCGCUUUGAUACCAACACGCGAGUCCUGGCGUCCUGCGGCUUCUCCUCUGGGCGGCACCACUGGGAGGUGGAAGUGGGCUCCAAGGACGGCUGGGCCUUCGGUGUGGCUCGGGAGAGCGUGCGCCGCAAGGGCCUCACGCCCUUCACCCCAGAGGAGGGCGUCUGGGCGCUGCAGCUCAACAGCGGGAAGUACUGGGCGGUGACUAGCCCUGAACGGACGCCCCUCAGCUGUGGCCACCUGUCGCGGGUCCGGGUGGCCCUGGAUCUGGAGGUGGGGGCUGUGUCCUUCUACGCCGUGGAGGACAUGCGCCACCUCUACACCUUCCGCGUCAACUUCCACGAGCGCGUGUUCCCCCUUUUCUCCGUCUGCUCCACCGGCACCUACUUGCGAAUCUGGCCCUGAGAGGCCUCGUCUGCCUCCCAGAGAGGCUGUCAACUCCGCCUUCAGACACCUGAAUCCAGCUGGCCUGAGGUCUCUACUCAGGAAGGAGCAGUGUUUGCCCAGCUCCGAGAACAGCCUGAGCCAGAACUGGAAGGAGAUUCUUGACCUGGACAUGAGAGGAAAGCCCAGGCUACUUUCCAAAACCACUUAACCUGAUGAUACAGAACGAUGUGUCCAUUCUCAGCCACAGUGACAGCCAUGUGUUCUCACAGAUGCCAAAACCUCUUUCAAAUGCCAAAGUAGAGUCUCCCUUGAGUAAGGAGACCAAAGGUGAUGGAAUUUUGAAACACAAAACAGCACUUACAAUUUUAUAGACGCAACCAACAUCAGCAUGGGACUGCACAGAGUACAAACAUGCCUCUGACAUACUCUUUCUGGAACUUUCCAAAUGAUGCCAACAGCAGGCUGAUGACAAGGUCUGCUCAGCCUGUGCCCUGGUGGGGUGUUACUCCCUUGGCUAAUUGUUCCCCAGCUUCUGUUUGGGUGGGCUUCGGGGAGGGGGUGUUGGGCUGUUCCCUGCUUAGUGCUCCCCAGGGAAAGGGGAUGAGGAGAUGGAAGUGCAGACUGAGCUCAUUUCUAGGAUAGCUUAGCUCAUUCUUGACUUCCCCAGUCUGAGUGCAAGAGCACAAUAGGAGCAAAGGGUUCUGCUAGACUGGGUAAGCUGGUGUGUUUAAGUGUGUGAGGAAUGUGUGCACAUGUGCUUAUAUCUCAGAUUGAGGGGGGCAGGGGUGUGUGUGGAUUUUGGAGAGGGCAUUUACAGCAUGUGCAUAGGGUUUAGGCAUUGCAAAUAGACCUAGGUCAAUAUGGUAAUACCCUAUUUUUCAUUUGUAGUUAAAUAUUAGCCACUCCAUAUUUAGGUCAGGGACAUAGGUUUCCUCCCCCACUACCUGGUUACCUGGCUAGAUGAAAGCCAGUCUCAGACCUAUUCUGUCCUACACAGGUUUAGAUAAAUAUGUUGGUGUGUAGGGACAGUGACAAUUGAAUGGUCUGCAGGUGUCAUGGAGUUUCUGUGUUCUAUCCCUGAGAUGCUUCAAGCACACUUUGCAUACAAGGGUCUUACAGGGCAGGCAUGAUACUGUUCUAGAGGCAGACCCAGUGGACACAGCACCAGGUAAUCAGAAUCCAGUGGCUUAUGGUCUGGGGACAGGAUCAUAUAAGAGUCCAGCCUACAGGGGUGGCUUAGUCGGUUAAGUGUCUGGCUCUUGAUUUCAGCUCAGGUCAUGAUCUCCAGUGUGAGAUCCAGCCCCGUGUGGGGCUCUGCGCUGGGCGUGGAGCCUGCCUAAGAUUCUCUCUCUCCU